CAUUUUAAUAACAAUGAAGAAAGAAGAAAUUAUUUUUCUUUUAUAUCUUUUUAUUUCUGCGUUAUUUGGAAACGUUUAUUCACUUGGAAAUGAUCAACAGGAAAAACAAUUGCUUCGCAGUCCAACUUCUGGAAAAACAUCCAGCAUCUUACGGGAUAUCUUCAAAAAAGAAUCUUCUUUGCGUUUUUCUAUGGUGCAAAAAAUUCAGAAUUUGGUCACGAAUGCUAUUGAUAACAAUAAUAUAACUGAAAUUUUAAGAGAUAAGCUUGUUUCUUUAGAAAACAAAGUUAACUCUAUUCAAAAUAUACAAUCCGAGAACCAAAAACAGGAUGAAACAUUAAAUGAAUCAUUAGAUGAUUUCCGUGAAGAUCAGAAUGCCACAAGACUACAGUUACAGAAUGUUCUUCCAGUACCCCAGUCAGAUAUCCAUUGUUUUCUCCCUCUUGAUUGCUUUGACAUCUAUAAUUGUGGAGAGAGGGAAAACGGUGUUUACAACAUAUAUCCCUUCAAAACCCGUGUUUCCACUAAAGUUCUGUGUGAUAUGGAUACAGACGGAGGAGGAUGGACGGUUAUUCAGCGCAGGAAUCGAGAAAUGCCCCGGGUAAAUUUCAACACUACCUGGAAUGAAUAUAGGCAAGGUUUUGGGGAUGUUCCAGGGAAUUAUUGGCUUGGAAACGAUGCCAUUCAUAAGCUGACAACAGAGUACAACAACUCGCUGUACAUCAGAUUUGAGUCUACAAAGAAGAAUUCGUAUAAAGUACAAUAUUCUUUGUUUUCCAUCUCCAAUGAAACUGAUGGUUACAGACUUUCUCUGGGGCAGAAAUCAGGAAACAUUGUUGAUCAAUUCAGAGUACACUUCGUGGUGAACUAUCCCUUUUCCACGUUCGACAAUGACAGAUACACUUGCGCAGCUCGGUCUGGUUCUGGAUGGUGGUACAAUCACUGUACUCUUGUGAACCUCAAUGCUCCUUUUGCUGGAGGACAUAGCAAUUAUGUAUGGAGUGGGAUUAUUUCACAAGGCAGUGAUCUUUCCUUUUCGGAGAUGUUGAUUAAAAGAAAGCAUUAA